AUGUCGGACCUCCCGCCCAACUACAGGACGCCGCCCUUUCCGUCGCUGAACGUGCACACCCUCUCCGACGAGACGAGCGACAAAAUCUACACGCUGUACCACAUUGGCGACAUUUGGCGCUUCACGACCGUAUGGACCGUCAUCGUCUACGCCGUCUUCCACAUGGGCGCGGUCAUGGUGGCCUUUAUGACGCACGGCUUCAAGCGCCGGUCGUGGAAGCUGCUAUGGCUCGCGCCGAUUGUGUACCUGAGCGUUGCGGGCGUGGAGGCUGUGCUGUCAGGGAGCAUAGUAGGGCUAAUAGUUGGCGCCGUUUAUCAGUCGGGCAACUACGAGAUGAAUACGUGGAUCCCGUGCAUAUGGGGGUUUGUUUGUCUGCUGAUUCUCCUCAUUUCCUCGUUUACGAUCCAAGGCGCUCUAUAA